GCGCGUUGGAAGCAGAGAGGGGCACAACAAGAGUUAGCAAUAAGCCACUAGAGGAGAGUGAUCACCCUUCUCAGCUCCACCACUCCCUCCUUCUUCCAUUGCUCGGAUCGAUCGACCUCCAGCCAACGACCGACCGCAGAGGACCUUCAGGAAGCAAUGUGGAAGAGAAGCCUUCGGCCUGCACAGCAACUCACGAAGGCACGGACACUCCGGAUCCAGUCGUGUUGCCACCAAUACCGGGACCAGCUUAUAUGUGCUCCGCCCAUGACUGUGCGGCAUGCCUGGAACUGGGCGAAGAUCAAGUCCGAUCCCAAGAACCCAUUCUUUGCAAAGCGGAGCACCAAGAACACACCCCAGACCGCUGUUAUCCUCCUGAGCAAUGCCGAGAUACCAAUGCUUCAGAUCCGGCCUCCAGUCUUCCUACCCGCGACUAGCGAACAAGUUCAACACUCCCUUAACAUCCUGCUGUUCAUGUCCGACUUUAAUAUUGAACCACGCCCUCUUGUCUUCAAUGCGCUGGCGUGUUCUUCUACAGGGCUCAUUCAUUACAUCCAGAUCGCCAAUGAACAUCUCUCCCUUAUUAUCCCGACAUACAAUAUCUCAAACGGUGGAACCAGCCCGGAGCUGAUCCCAGUACUUUUGAAGACCUUUCUGGAAUCCUCAGCAUACACAAAAAUUGGAUUUGGUACCUAUGAGGAUGUUUUGCGCAUCAAGGACCAGUACGGGAUCACCUGUAAGAACAUAUUCGACAUUCACUGGAUGGCCAAAGUCAUGGGCAUUGGAUCAGUCAACGUUGGGAUGCUGCACAACGUUUUUGGAGACAUCCAUGACAACUAUAUACCCGGCAGAAUCAGCAAGGAUGGUCAUGUUUCAGAGAAGGAGCAGGAGGGGCAAGUGAUCGAUCCACGGAGGUGGGAUUGGGAGUCCCACGGCAGCAUUGAACUCUCGCGAGAGCUGAUCCGGUGUAUAGCUCAGGAUGCCUUUGUGACCUUGCGCAUGUACGACAACAUUCAGGAACGGAAGUUCAGACCCGGAUAUCAGCCAUUAUUGACAGAUCCACAGGGAAUGUCUGCAAAAGCCAUGGAUUUUCUGUUGACAAGUCUGCCGCGAGGAACUAUGAUUCCCGUGCGAUCUAUACACCAUCUUUUGAAAGGGCCGUUUAUGGGCUCUGAUAUCAAUAAUGUCGAUCGGGACGCCCAGGCAUUGGCGCUGGUCAAGCUACUUGUCGACAGGCAAGAACUCAUCACUGAUAAAAAUGACACCGCUCCACUCACAUUUAAGGACCCCAUCGAUCUUAGUCGCCGCAUUGCAUUACCGGGUAUCCGCUCCAGUGAAGCUAUCCUUACCAAUCCACAAACCAGGAAGAUUGCAGCGGAGGUAUUCAAUUGUAGGGCGGAUGAACUGAGGCUGAUGCAAGACUCUGAUCUGACAAGAAAGCCGGACAAGAUCCAGGAUCUGGAGUGUUUCUUGGGCGUAUAUGAAUGGCUCGAUUUUUUACCUGGUGCAGAGCUGGACGAGCCAUUGGACAGACGGUUACAGUCUGGAUCGAAUGUGUCAGAGGGGUGUGGACGCAAGGAGGCGACCCUAUUGGCGCUAUUCAUGAACUUUGGCACGGUGGCUGACAGAGCCAAGGAUCAACCUACGGAAACGAAACGAUGGGUUGCGCAGAGGAUAGAGCGGCUCGUUCAGCAGGGUGCCUUGUUGAGGACUGGUGGACCUCAAGGAUUGAUUCGAGUCAACCCAGCUUUGCUUCGGAAGCUCAAGAGGAUCGAAACGAAUGUGAACCGGCAUCACCAUGUCGUUGAAAAUAAAGCACUCUCAGCCAAUUGAACAUGCAGUGUCUUUGAGUGUUGUAUUUCUGCUUGCUUGGGGAACUACAGUGUGAUCGCACACUGCUCCGAUGAGCUGGAGAAAUGAAUCAGCGAGAGGUGUUGAAUCCUAUGGAGAUCAGUGACCCGUUUUUUUUUUUUUGUUUUGUAAAGAAAUGUAGAGCGAGCUGGGAUGCUGUGAUCCCGUUCACCGCCAGAGGCAGAGCAUGUUAUGUACCAACACGACGUCUUUCAAUGGGCGUGCUCAGUGCUCGAAGUUGUCUUUGCAAUCAUAUCCAAUAUCGAAUGAUCAUGGAGGCGACCAUCGUGUUCUACUUGAUGCAGUUGUUUGAAGGGAAAAAAAAAAAAAAG